GGCUCCCCGAGCCCUGGCACGGGCUCAGCCCCACUGACGGCACCGUGCUCCUCCCGCAGCCCGACGGCACCAGCGCACCACUGGAGAUUGUGCUGCUGGACAAGGUGUCCACAGGCUUCUCCGGUGUGGUGCAGCUGCUGGAGUGGUUUGAGCUCCCCAAGCACAUCGUGAUGGUGCUGGAGCGCCCAGAGCGAUGUGAGGACCUGCGGCGUUACAUUUGGGCACGGAGGUUCCUGUCCGAGGAAGAGGCGCGGGAGCUGUUCCAGCAGGUGCUGGCGGCCGUGCGGCACUGCACCAGCUGCGGGGUCCUGCAGUGCGACAUCAAACCAGAGAACAUCCUGGUUGAUCUGGAGACCCGGCAUGCAAAACUGAUUGACUUUGGCUGUGGCACCUACCUGCAGGACACAGCCUACACUCAGUUUGCAGGAACUCUUUCCUACAGGCCACCAGAGUGGUUCCACCAGAGACGCUACCACAGCCAGGCAGCAACAAACUGGUCCCUGGGCCUCCUGCUGUACCAGCUGGUCAUAGGGAAGCACCUGUUCAGGAAGGGCCAGCAAAUCAUCUGGGGGUGGAUCUUCUUCCCACGACGGCUCUCCCAAGGUGGAUCCCCAUCUCUCGGCAAGGAGGGAACACCAGGGUUGGGAGACAGCUGUGCCGCUCCUUGCUCGCAGGUGGCCAUCAAAUGCGUGCCGCGGGAUCGCAUCCGGCGCUGGUGCGAGCUGGUGAGUGAGCGGGGCCAGCGGCAGAAGCCGGGGCGUGCCGGGCGGGGAUGAGCUGGGGCCCGGCAGGGUGGGAGCCACCGGGAGCCCUGCGGGGAGAGCAAGCGUGAGGCCAGCGGAGAGCGCAGAGCAUCCCGGGCUGGCUGAGGGCUCCCCGAGCCCUGGCACGGGCUCAGCCCCACUGACGGCACCGUGCUCCUCCCGCAGCCCGACGGUACACGUGCGCCCCUGGAGAUCGUGCUGAUGGACAGAGUGUCCUCUGGCUGUGCUGCUGUCAUUCAGCUCCUGGAGUGGCUUGAGCUCCCCAACAGCUUCUUGCUGGUGCUGGAGUGUCUGCAGCGGUGCCAGGACCUCUCUCAUUUGCUGGCAGAGCGGAUGUUCCUGCCGGAGGAGGAGGAGCGAGGGCUGUUUCGCCAGGUGCUGGAGGCCGUGUGGCACUGCACCAGCUGCGGGGUCCUGCACAGGGACAUCAAGCCGGAGAACAUCCUGCUUGACUUGGCCACGGGGCAGGUGAAAUUGAUUGACUUUGGCUGUGGCGCCUUCCUCCAAGACACAGCCUACACCCGAUUUGCAGGUGAGCUCUCGCAGGGGAUGCUCCUGGGCAUCUCUUGGCCCAGCCUUGGCGUGGCACCAGGGCUUCCCUCUAGUGCUGCCGG